UGCCGCAUGCUGGCCGGUUGCGAGACGAUUGGAGAGUGGUCGAAUAACAGAGAUACACGAGUUCUCGGCCCGGUCCUUGACAUGGAAGGGAAACAUGCAUGGUUUAGCUGAAGCAAGAGGAGUCACCCCGGCCGCGAUCUCUAGGGCUGCAGUGGCUCUAGUCGUAGCAGAGCAUAGCGGUGUUGAAUAUAUCGUUCUUGGAGAGGUGUCUAGUGGUCGAUCUAUCAUUGAUGGCGCUGCUGGGUUCGUAGCCGGACCUUGUAUCUCAACACACCCCAUCAGGAUACGUAUACAACAAAAGCGAGGGUCAAGAAGCAAUCAUCAUAGACUGUCGUUUGACCAGCUGGUCAAACUCUCGCUGGAUUCCUACUUGGAGACAGUACCCUACCACCAGCUGGGUUUACCCAGCAUCCGACGGGAGUCAGAUGCCCCAGAUCUUCUGCCGUUUCAGGUGCUGUUUGUUUAUCAACAGGCGUUUGAUUUUGAAACUGACGCUCGGGAAGAAGAUUCAGAUAAUUUCGAGGCCCAAGGGGGGCAUAUUGGUCGGUUUGAAUUUCCUGUCGUGCUACAAGCAUCAUGCCAUCCAGUCACGGGCCACCUGAGCCUCCAAUGCGUAUUUGACCCGACAGUUCUAAUACCGGAGGACAUUGAGUGGUUCCUCGAACACAUAUCACAGGUUCUGAGUUCCAUAGCUGACAGUCCCUCUCAGCCCAAUGCCAAAUUAACUGUUAGUGACGCUGAAGAGGCAGCGCUAAUAAAGCUCGCCUCCGAGAGCGACCAAACCCCAGAUCUACCGCUGGGCACGACUAGCGAAUCUCUGUGCGCUCAUGAUCUGAUAUCGCGACAGGCCAUCGAGAACCGUUGCAAGAUAGCUGUGCAGUAUGAACUUUCCCAGUUCAUGACAUACGGAAAGCUCGAUAGGGAGAGCACGAAGCUAUCCAUCGUGAUCCGCGCAUUUUUCAAUCAUAUUUCGAAGUCAGAAGGUCAUGAACAACCCCUAGUUCCAAUUUCCUUCGACAAGGGGCUUGACAUGGUAGUCACUAUGCUGGCGGUUCUAAAAGCUGGGGCUGCUUAUAUUCCACUUGAUGUUUCCCAUUCAGAGCAGCGCUUAACAAUGAUCUGUCAAUCUGCGCAGGCCAAGCUUAUCCUUUGGGAUGGCCAGAAAGGAUUUGACAAGCUGCAUGCCAUUGGACACUCUUCAGGCGCCACCGUCUCGACCCUGAACGAGCUUUCCAACGCAGCGGACGGUUGGGGAAGUACUCCCCGAUCCGAGAAAAGCCCACUCCAUCCUCUCUAGCUUAUAUUAUUUACACUUCAGGCUCCACGGGCGUGCCUAAAGGCGUGAUGGUCAAUCACGCAAAUUUGGUAUCUUUUAUGAUAUCCGCAACAAGUGAGACAUACAUGUCCUGGACCGUGAACAGACUUCAGAUCG